AUGAGCCGGCUGGCAAAGACCCUGCUUCUUCCUUUGGUCCUGCUUUGCUUGUGGUGGCUACAUGAAGGAGUGCAAGCCUGCACAUGCUUUGGGCCAAAUCACCCCCAACAGGACUUUUGUGAAGCAGACGUAGUCAUCAAGGCAAAAGUGGUCGGAGGGAAGUAUGACCGUUACACCCGCAUGUUCAAGUAUGACAUCCGACAGACUAAGUUGUUCAAGGGCCCCAAGAAGCAUUUUGACGCCAUCUACACUGGUGCAAACUCAGCAGGGUGUAAAGUUACUCUGGCCAUCGGUGUUGAGCAUCUACUAAUGGCCAGCCUGCUCCCUGAAGGCCUCUUGCGUAUGUCAUGUGGCUUCUAUAAGCCGUGGAGUUCCAUAAGUGCCACGCAAAGGAGCCUUUUGCCAAUCUACCAUAAGGGCUGCGAUUGCAAGAUCGUCAGCUGCACCUCGCUCCCGUGCGGCACCAACAAGCCGACAGAGUGCCUGUGGACUGACUUUCUGCCCACGAGGAUCGACAAACAGGAUCAGUCUAAAAACUUGGCUUGCAUCAAAAGAGGCUAUGGCUAUUGCGCUUGGUACAGAGGUUUCACCUUGCCGAAAAAGGGUGGCAAGGGUGUCAAAGGCCGUUGA